AACUCAUCGCAUAUGGACACAUCACUGGCAACGCCCCUGACAGUGGAGCCCCAGGGAAGCGCUUGAUCGACAGGAUUGUGGAAACCAUUUGCAGUUGCUUUCAGGGCCCUCAGACCGAUGAAGGCGUUCAGUUGCAAAUAAUUAAGGCUCUUCUGACCGCAGUGACUUCUCCACACAUUGAAAUUCACGAGGGCACUAUCCUGCAGACAGUGAGGACAUGUUACAAUAUCUAUUUGGCCAGCAAAAAUCUCAUCAAUCAGACCACUGCAAAGGCUACCCUUACCCAGAUGCUCAAUGUCAUUUUCACCCGCAUGGAAAACCAAGUGUUGCAGGAGGCCAGAGAAUUGGAAAAACCAAUCCAGUCGAAACCCCAGUCCCCUGUGAUUCAAGCCGCAGCAGUAUCCCCAAAGUUCAGUCGUCUGAAGCAGAGCCAGUCACAAAGCAAACCAACAACUCCUGAAAAAACAAACUUAACCAAUGGUGAAUAUGCCAGGAGCGAUUCUGGAAAAGUGAGCUCGGAAAAUGGAGAUGUGCCCAGAGAAAGAGGCCCAUCACUAUCAGGGACUGAUGACGGCGCCCAGGAGGUGGUGAAGGACAUUUUAGAAGAUGUAGUCACGUCUGCUGUUAAAGCGGCAGAAAAACAUGGUCUGACAGAACCUGCGAGGGUUCUGGACGAACUGGAGUGCCAGGAAUGUGCUGUUCCCCCAGGAGUUGAUGAAAACUCACAGACCAAUGGGAUAGCGGAUGACAGGCAGUCCUUGUCGUCGGCGGAUAAUCUGGAAUCAGAUGCUCAAGGACAUCAAGUGGCUGCUAGGUUCUCCCACAUUUUGCAGAAGGAUGCCUUCCUCGUGUUUCGCUCCCUGUGCAAGCUGUCGAUGAAGCCCCUUGGGGAAGGCCCUCCCGAUCCAAAAUCCCAUGAGCUGCGUUCCAAGGUGGUUUCCCUGCAGCUGCUCCUCUCCGUGUUACAGAAUGCUGGCCCAGUGUUCAGGACUCACGAGAUGUUUAUCAACGCAAUCAAGCAAUAUCUCUGUGUGGCCUUGUCCAAAAAUGGUGUCUCGUCAGUGCCUGAUGUCUUUGAGCUCUCUCUCGCCAUUUUUCUUACUCUUCUUUCGAAUUUCAAAAUGCACUUGAAAAUGCAGAUAGAGGUCUUUUUCAAGGAGAUUUUCCUGAACAUUUUAGAAACAUCAACAAGUUCUUUUGAGCACAGGUGGAUGGUCAUUCAGACUCUGACGAGGAUCUGUGCAGAUGCCCAGUGCGUUGUGGAUAUUUAUGUCAACUACGACUGUGAUUUAAAUGCUGCUAACAUUUUUGAGCGUCUUGUAAAUGAUUUAUCCAAAAUUGCUCAGGGAAGAAGUGGACAUGAGCUGGGAAUGACACCUCUGCAGGAGCUCAGCCUGAGGAAGAAAGGCCUGGAGUGCCUCGUGUCCAUUCUCAAAUGCAUGGUGGAGUGGAGCAAAGACCUGUAUGUGAACCCCAACCACCAGGCCAGCCUUGGUCAGGAGAGGCUCACGGAUCAGGAAAUGGGGGAUGGGAAAGGCCUUGACAUGGUAAGAAGGAGCAGCGUGACAUCCAUGGAGUCCACGGUGUCCUCGGGGACCCAGACAGCUGUUCAGGAUGACCCAGAGCAGUUUGAGGUCAUCAAGCAACAAAAGGAAAUCAUCGAACAUGGCAUCGAGCUGUUCAAUAAGAAACCCAAGAGGGGGAUCCAGUUUCUCCAGGAGCAGGGCAUGCUGGGAACGUCAGUUGAAGACAUUGCCCAAUUCCUGCACCAGGAGGAACGCCUCGAUUCUACCCAGGUAGGCGAUUUUCUGGGAGACAGCACAAGGUUCAACACGGAGGUGAUGUAUGCCUAUGUGGACCAACUUGACUUCUGUGAAAAGGAAUUUGUCUCUGCCCUGCGGACAUUCCUAGAAGGUUUCCGCCUACCUGGGGAAGCCCAGAAGAUUGACAGGUUAAUGGAGAAAUUUGCUGCAAGAUAUAUAGAGUGCAACCAAGGACAAACUCUGUUUGCUAGUGCCGAUACUGCCUAUGUCCUGGCAUAUUCAAUUAUUAUGCUCACUACAGACUUGCACAGUCCUCAGGUAAAAAAUAAAAUGACAAAAGAGCAAUAUAUUAAAAUGAAUCGGGGAAUUAAUGAUAGUAAAGAUCUACCAGAAGAAUAUCUUUCAAGCAUCUAUGAAGAGAUAGAAGGCAAGAAGAUUGCAAUGAAAGAAACAAAGGAGCAUACAAUUGCAACCAAAUCCACUAAGCAGAAUGUAGCUAGUGAAAAGCAGCGACGGCUCCUGUAUAAUUUGGAGAUGGAGCAGAUGGCUAAAACAGCCAAAGCUCUGAUGGAAGCCGUUAGCCACGCCAAAGCCCCGUUUACAAGUGCUACUCACUUGGAUCACGUCCGGCCAAUGUUCAAACUGGUGUGGACGCCACUGCUGGCAGCCUACAGCAUUGGAUUACAGAACUGUGAUGACACUGAAGUGGCCUCCCUGUGUUUAGAAGGCAUCCGAUGUGCCAUUCGAAUUGCCUGUAUCUUUGGAAUGCAGCUGGAACGAGACGCCUAUGUGCAGGCUCUUGCUCGCUUCUCCCUGCUCACAGCCAGCUCCAGCAUCACAGAAAUGAAGCAGAAGAACAUCGACACCAUCAAGACCCUUAUCACAGUGGCUCACACCGACGGCAACUACCUGGGGAAUUCUUGGCAUGAGAUCUUGAAAUGCAUCAGCCAGCUGGAGCUCGCUCAGCUGAUAGGAACUGGUGUGAAGACCCGCUACUUGUCUGGGUCCGGGCGUGAAAGAGAAGGGAGCCUGAAGGGCCACACAUUGGCAGGAGAAGAGUUCAUGGGCCUUGGCCUUGGUAACUUGGUGAGCGGUGGAGUUGAUAAAAGGCAGAUGGCCAGCUUCCAGGAAUCGGUUGGUGAAACCAGUUCACAGAGUGUGGUCGUAGCUGUGGACAGAAUUUUUACUGGAUCUACCAGAUUGGAUGGAAAUGCAAUAGUUGACUUUGUCCGCUGGCUGUGUGCUGUGUCCAUGGAUGAAUUGGCUUCCCCCCACCAUCCUCGCAUGUUCAGCUUGCAGAAGAUUGUGGAGAUAUCCUACUACAACAUGAAUCGAAUCCGACUGCAGUGGUCCCGAAUAUGGCAUGUGAUUGGAGAUCACUUCAAUAAGGUUGGCUGCAACCCCAAUGAAGAUGUGGCUAUUUUUGCUGUUGACUCAUUAAGGCAACUCUCCAUGAAGUUUCUUGAGAAGGGUGAAUUAGCCAACUUUCGUUUCCAGAAAGAUUUUCUGAGACCCUUUGAGCAUAUUAUGAAGAAAAACAGGUCUCCAACCAUCCGGGACAUGGUGAUCCGCUGCAUUGCCCAAAUGGUGAACUCUCAGGCAGCUAAUAUCCGCUCAGGCUGGAAGAACAUCUUUGCCGUGUUCCACCAGGCAGCCUCUGAUCAUGAUGGGAACAUUGUGGAGCUAGCCUUCCAGACCACGGGCCACAUCGUCACAUCUAUUUUCCAGCACCAUUUUCCUGCAGCCAUCGACUCCUUUCAGGAUGCUGUGAAGUGCUUGUCGGAGUUUGCCUGCAAUGCUGCUUUCCCUGACACAAGCAUGGAAGCCAUCCGGCUCAUCCGCUUCUGUGGGAAAUAUGUCUCAGAGAGGCCCCGGGUGCUACAAGAAUACACAAGUGAUGAUAUGAAUGUGGCUCCUGGAGACAGAGUCUGGGUCCGAGGCUGGUUCCCCAUCCUAUUUGAACUCUCCUGCAUCAUUAAUAGAUGCAAGUUAGAUGUACGAACAAGAGGUCUUACAGUCAUGUUUGAGAUCAUGAAGAGCUAUGGCCACACUUUUGAAAAGCACUGGUGGCAGGACCUGUUCAGAAUCGUGUUCCGGAUUUUUGACAAUAUGAAACUCCCUGAGCAACAGUCAGAGAAAUCUGAGUGGAUGACAACAACCUGCAAUCAUGCACUCUAUGCUAUUUGUGAUGUGUUUACCCAGUUUUAUGAAGCUUUGAAUGAGGUUCUUCUUUCUGAUGUAUUUGCACAAUUGCAGUGGUGUGUAAAACAAGAUAAUGAACAGUUGGCUCGAUCAGGUACAAAUUGCUUAGAAAACUUAGUAAUAUCCAAUGGAGAGAAAUUCAGUUCUGAUGUCUGGGAUGAAACAUGCAACUGUAUGUUGGAUAUUUUCAAAACAACCAUCCCACAUGUUUUGCUGACAUGGAGACCUGUAGGAUUGGAGGAGGACGCAUCAGAAAAACAUUUGGAUGUGGAUCUGGACCGCCAGUCUUUAAGCAGCAUAGACAAAAAUGCCUCCGAGAGAGGCCAGAGCCAGCUCUCUAACCCAACAGACGACAGCUGGAAGGGUAGACCAUAUGCAAAUCAGAAACUGUUUGCCAGCCUCCUCAUAAAGUGUGUGGUCCAGCUGGAAUUGAUACAGACCAUUGACAAUAUUGUGUUCUACCCUGCAACGAGCAAAAAGGAAGAUGCAGAGCACAUGGUUGCUGCCCAGCAAGACACACUGGAUGCAGAUAUCCACAUAGAGACGGAGGAUCAGGGCAUGUAUAAGUUCAUGUCUUCCCAGCACCUUUUCAAGCUGCUAGACUGCCUGCAAGAGUCCCACUCAUUCUCAAAGGCCUUCAACUCCAAUUACGAGCAGCGGACUGUCCUUUGGCGAGCAGGUUUUAAGGGCAAGUCUAAACCCAAUCUUCUAAAACAAGAAACCAGCAGCCUAGCCUGUUGUUUGAGGAUCCUGUUUCGAAUGUAUGUUGAUGAGAACCGCAGGGAUUCCUGGGAAGAAAUACAGCAGCGACUUUUAACUGUGUGCAGUGAAGCUCUUGCCUAUUUCAUCACGGUGAAUUCAGAAAGCCAUCGAGAGGCCUGGACAAGUCUCUUGUUGUUACUUCUAACUAAAACCCUCAAAAUAAACGACGAAAAGUUCAAAGCACAUGCUUCAAUGUACUACCCUUACUUGUGUGAAAUUAUGCAGUUUGACCUGAUCCCUGAGCUCCGAGCAGUCCUGCGGAAGUUCUUCCUACGGAUUGGUGUUGUGUAUAAGAUAUGGAUUCCAGAAGAGCCAUCCCAGGCACCCACAACACUGUCACCAGUGUGGUAGCCCUUGCCCCUGUGGGCCACUGCUGCAGCUCUGCAGAACAUUCAUCCUUCCAUCUCUGACUGCCAUAUCUUUUGAAGGUUCACAGGAACAAGGAGCCAGCAUCUUGGAUCUCUGCCUGGAAAAGGGUGGCCUCACUGGCUCCAUCACAGUUCCUGUUGAAGGCUUGUGGUAUUAAACUGUUGCAUACCCAGUUAACACAGUAGGUAGGGAGUUCACUUCAUCUCUGUCAUUCCAUUUUACUGAUUAGUCUUUCAAAUCUGUCACUGCAAAUGCCAUCAUUUUCUAGCAGAGUCCCUUGAUUGACUGUAAAUGUUUGUCAGAAGAAGUCAACUCUCCUUGAAAAUAUUGAACAUAGCUGUAUAGGUUCAUGAUUAUUAGAGAGUACGUUAAUAAAAUUCUUGUAACGGCUAACUGCCACCCAAAAUAUGCUGGGAUUUUUUGUUGUUUGAGUGUGUUAGAGAAGUUUGAGUGUUUUUGUCAGUUAUGAGUCACCCUAUAGUUAGAUUAGUUUGGGGAAAGGAAGGGAUUAAAGAAGGGGUUUUUUUGUGUGUUUUGUUUAUGCCUGAGUGAUUUUUAAAGUAUUUUACAAAAAAAUAUUGAAGAUUUGAUUGAAGGCGGAGUUUAGUGAUUAAGUUAGAAUUAAGAACUUGUGAGAUUAAAAAAAAAAGUAAAUGGUAGUGCCUCAUGGAUCUCCCUGUUUUAGUAACUUGGGGAGAAAAAGUCUAUAGGAAAAGAUAAACAAUGUAAUGAUUAACCUUCCUUGAAGUAUUUGUGGAUGAGUGUUAAAAACACACUGUCCUUCACACACACUCUGAAAUCUAAUAUAUGAAGUAAUGAUGAAGUAGCAGUUUAACCAGAGUUCAUUUAUCUUUGAGUAAACCUUUUUGCUUUUUCCUCAGAAGAGUGAGUGUACUGAUGGUUAGUACCAGUGCUUUGCACAGACCCCAUUAAAGGGCCCUCCAGAGCCAGACAAUAACUGUGUGAGAAGCCACUCCUAUGAACCUCCUCAUUCAGAUGUCAUGGGAGCGACCAGCACAGCUGAACUGUGACAAUGGCAGGAGGUGGCACGUGCCCAGCACUUCUGUUAAUCUGAGUCUGGGAGCUGCAUUCUUUGGCAAGGUUAGGUUCUGAGGUCCUUGUGUUAAUGAUAGUGCAAUACUCUUGCCUGCAGUAGAGCUGAUUUUGAUGCAGUGUGUGUGUAAGCGGACAGCAUGUGAGUGUGGCCCGAAGCCUGCAGGCAGUAUCUUUGGAUGUAAGUCCAUGAGAAAGAGAACACACACUUUAUCCUCUGCCCUCAUUCACCGCUCGCUGGAGCAGCUCUGAGCAUUAGAAAAAGUGUUACACGGAGUGACGAAAACAUUCAGACUUCUACCUACACGCUUUAGUCCUGUAAAUUGGGUUGUAUUGAUGUCAACUCUGGUGCCUUAGAAGUUUGUAGUUUGGGACGCUACCUGUAAAAUCAGAUUUUUUUUUCUUUCCAGAGGAGGAUUUCUGGUGCUUUUACUAAGAGACCGAUUUCGUCAGUUUUUCAUUUUGUUUUGUUUUAACAACCUUGAGAAAUGUUUGGUUUUAACCUCUUGUCUACUUAUUUCUUUCCCAAAAAGUGUUUUUAAUUUCUCUACCAAAGAAUAAAAGCGGGUUUAGGUUUUUACAUUUUUUACAUACAUGAGGAAAGAGGAGCUAUAUAAUUUAGCAGGAAAGGACUAUGGGAGAAUAUUUUACUGUGAAUGGAAAAUGUGAGCACAUUCGACUUGCUUGUCCUGGAAUCCAUUCCAUCAUUAUACUGUGCCAUGAAACCCACAUUCCCUGGUGUCUGUCACAACCUCAACAAGUCAAUCAUUUCUACUGAUAUUUGUGCUGAAGGUAUAAAAGGAAGGGGACACACUUUUAUUUAUUAAGCAUAUCUUGCAUACAGCUGUGUCCCUGAUUGGUGAUUUUUCCUUUCCUUCCAAGGUUCCCAUAUGGCAUUUUCUUCAUCAAAUAUGACUCCAAGACUUUUCUAGUAUAUUCCUGCCAUGUCUUUAAUUUUUGCCUCUUGCAGGGUAGGAAAUGUGUCAGUGCACAUUUUUAUGACUGCUGAAACAUUCAGGCUUGGAUUUAUCAACUUUGUCUUUUAAAAGAUUUAAUUUUCUGAAUGAGGCAUUUGAAUUGAACCAGCAAUGGACUUUUUUAAAAACUAGAUGUAAAACCAUUCAGGAUUAUUUUUCUUUUCAAUGAGCAGUGACAGAGGAAAUCCCUUACCUCCAGUAAUAAGCCAUUCAGCCUAAAUUAUUUUUGAGAAUAAAUCAGUUAUUUUAUGUGGCUUAUGUCACUCAAACAUGAGUGAAAAGGGUGUGUGUGACUCGGCAACACUGAGCCAGGACACCAUUUCUUAACCAAGUCUGGAAGAGAGUGAAGCAUUUUCCAAGGCCUUAUUUCUUUUUCUGAAUGCUUUAAGUGUUGAUUAUAUGUGCUGGGUCUCCAGAGAAGUUUUUAUUUGUUACAGUACUGCUGUGUUGAGCAAUUUGUUUUUCUUCAUUAUCUAUUAGAGAAAUCACCAGCUUUGGCAUCUUAACAACAAACUGGAUGGACAAUAUUAUUUCUGAUGUGCAUCUUUAGAGUCAAGUACACCUUUCCUUGUACUCCUCACGUACAACCAAAGAACGUACAUUAUGACAUUGUAUAACAAUAGCUGAACAUCCGUUUUCCUCUGACAGGUGACUUUUAUAUAAAAUGCAAAAAAACCCUAAACUUUUUUUGUCCUUUUGUGAUUAUGGCUAUACAUUUAGUAGUCUUUACAGUUACUAAAGGAACCUGCUGACAAGUACAAGUUUGACCAUCUCAUUCAAAUGUUUGUUGUUAUGAUGCAGGUGGAUAUUGGUUUCAGUAGAAGCUGGAUCCUUGAUACUGCAUUUUCCGAAUUGUUUUAAUAUUUGUGUUAAAGUAAACAUAGCUUGAACCCACAUGAAAUCCUGGAGUUGUGUUAUCAACAGCUUUGCAGUUUGGGAAACAAAGUAACCAAAGCUGAAUUUUCUAAAGAAUGGCUAUAUCUGGAAAUCCUUGCUCUCAAAAAAAGAAAGAAAGAAAGAAAAAAACACUCUAUUAAAGGUGUAAUUUUUCUCAGUGUUCUAAUUUUUUAAAAAUUUUAUCUGCAUAUUUGCAUCAAAUACUUCUUUUUGUGCAAAAUGUAUGUUUUACUUCCCUAAAAUGCCUAAAAGUUAGUUAAUAGUUACUUUGGUUUAAUCUAUACACAAUGAUUAAGUGCAUUUAAUAUUGGUAACUUAAUGAAAAGCAUUCCUUGCCCAAUGGAUGUAUACAUUUUUGAAAGAAUAAGCAGAAUUAUAUAAUAUGAAAUGCUAUGUAAAGUUUUCUAUGUAAAAAUAUUAUGUAUAAUACUGUUAUAAUAUCCCAUGCUUUGAUCAAGUGGUAAAUCAAUAAAGUUUUAAAAAGUA